CGUAGAUCAAACCCUUGCCCUCCAAACCCUAGCCUAUUUCACCCCUCUCGCUCCUAUAAACCAAAGCCCGCCGCUUUCCUCUCUUUUUCUUGCAGAGAUCAAAUCCAGAGGAAUCCAAAUCGUCAGUUUGUCAUGGCGCCAAAGAAGGAUUCCAAGGCUCCGCCUCCGUCGUCGAAGCCCGCGAAGUCCGGCGGCGGGAAGCAGAAGAAGAAGAAGUGGAGCAAGGGAAAGCAGAAGGAGAAGGUGAACAACGCGGUGCUCUUUGAUCAGGGGAGCUAUGAUAAGAUGCUCUCUGAGGUCCCUAAGUACAAGCAGAUCACUCCUUCGGUUCUUUCUGAGAGGCUGAGGAUUAAUGGGUCGCUCGCAAGAAGGGCAAUCAAGGAUUUGAUGGCGAGGGGUGCUAUUAGGAUGGUCUCUGCACAUUCCAGCCAGCAAAUCUAUACGAGAGCCACCAACACCUAGAGGGCAUGCUGCCUAGGUUUAGAAUUUUAGGAUGAAGUUAUUUUCUUGUUCUCCUUGUUUUGAUCAGAGAUCAUCUGGAACACUUCUGCUAUCUUGAACAGUCUCUUCUUCUUCACAGCAGUGCUUGAAUUUUGAAAUAUGUGCUUGAAUGGUUGUUGAAUUUUUGUUAGUUAUUUCUCUAUGCAGUAAUUCUAUUUCAGACCCCUAUAUUUAAGACA